AUGAUCACUAACGGAGCUUUAACCUUGGCUAUUGCAACCUACAGUUUAUUUGCGGACAUGAUAAACGUCAAGGAGUCAGCUCCCUAUUCCUAUCGCGGUAUCCCCCUAUCGCCCCUAUCGCCCCUAUCGCAGUUUCCCCCUAUCCAUCCGGUAUCAAUAUAUCCCACCACUAGCCACUAUUUCAGGUUAUCGGAUUCGUACUUCGACAUGAUUGACUCCCCUGUGCGGAGCUUCGUGGGUUACCGCUCUCUUGUGGAUUGUGGUAACACGUUGGGUGACCUAUAUUUCCUUUUGAUCGUAUUGUUACGACAGCGAUAUUAUUUGCACACGAAGAGAGAAAGAAUUACGCCUCUAAUUGGAAGCUGCUUCAAGCGUUUCUAUGAAAUCACCAAAGAGGCUCAGGAAUCCAAGAUCCCUCCCUCGCGCAUCAGCGUCUCACUCAUGCUUAACGCUAUGAUCUCCAAUGAAGGACGAUGCGAACUCGAAAUAACCGCCGGGGAACGUCUUAAGACCAUUUACUCCAUUAAGGAUGAACUCAGCGCGCUUCCGGAGUCCAUCGCGCACAAGAUACAUGAACAUAUUACCCGGAAAUCAAAAGAAGACGUCCAUAACACU